AUGCUGGCUCGCCGCGAUGCAAUCGUCGAACCAGCGAUGAAUUAUUCACUCCUCCCUCUCGUUUCCCCCCUUUCUCCUUCUCGUUCCCCCCCCCCCCCCCUCCGCCUCUCAUUUUCCCCCCUUCUGCCUCUCGUUUCCCCCCCUUCUCCAUCUCGUUUCCACCCAUCCUCCCUCUUGUUUCCCCCCUCCACCCUCUCGUUUCCCCCCCUUCUCCCUCUCGUUCCCCCCCCAUCCGCCUCUCCUUUCCCCCCCUUCCGCCUCUCGUUUCCCCCCCUUCCCCUCUCGUUUCCCCCGCUCUUCCCUCUCGUUUACCCCCUUUCUCCCUCUCGUUUUCCCCCCUUCCGCCUCUCAUUUUCCCCCUUUCCCCCUCUCGUUUCCCCCCCUUAUCAAUCUCGUUUUCCCCCCUUCUCCCUCUCAUUUCCCCCCCUCCUCCCUCUCGUAACUCCCCCUUCCCCCUCUCGUAUUCCCCCCUUCCCCCUCUCAUUUCUCCCCCUCCUCCCUCUCGUUUCCCACCCUUCCCCCUCUCGUUUCCCCUCCUCCUCUCAUUUCCCCAACUUCUCCCUCUCAUUUCCCCCCUUCCCCCUCUCAUUUCCCCGCUUUCCCCCCUCUCGUUUCCCCCCCUUCUCCCCCUCAUUUUCCCCCUUUCUUCCUCUCAUUUCCCCCCCCUGCUCCCUCUCAUUUCCCCCCCCUGCUCCCUCUCAUUUCCCCCCCUGCUCCCUCUCAUUUCCCCCCCUGCUCCCUCUCAUUUCCCCCCCUGCUCCCUCUCAUUUCCCCCCCUGCUCCCUCUCAUUUCCCCCCCUGCUCCCUCUCAUUUCCCCCCCUGCUCCCUCUCAUUUCUCCCCCUGCUCACCCUCACUUCCCCCCUUUCUCCCUCUUCAUUUCCCCCUCUCCUUCCCCUCAUUUCGCCCUCUCCUUCUCCUCAUUCACCCUUUCCUUACCCUCAUCUCCCCAUCUCGUUUCUCGCAUUUCCCCUACUCCGUCCCCUUGUUUCCCCCUCUCCCCUCAUUUCAUCCUCUCGUUCCUCUUGUUUCCCACAUUUCCCCUUAUCCGUCCUCUCCUCUCCCUUUCUCCGUCCCCUCCUUUACCCCUCCUUCCCCUCAUUUUCCCCUCUCCCUCCCCUCAUUCCCCCCUCUCCUUUCCCUCAUUUCCCCCCUCCUUACCCUUCCCUGCCCCCACCCUGCCGGCAGCUUACCCUCUGUUUCUUCUGCAGCUUGCACUUGUCUAUAA